GGGGCCCCCUCCUCCAAUCCACCGCUCGUUCUUCCCCCUUCAAGAUGGAGGCUUUAGGGGGCUACCCUGCCAAGUCCUCCAACCCUAAAGCUAAAAAGUUAAGGGUUUUGUUGAGCAUGACAGUUGGUGUGGGGUGUCUGUUCCUCCUGCAGACCCAGCUGCUGAAACCGAGAAAACCGAAGGAUUUUUACUCCUUCGAUGUGAAAGACGCCAAGGGGAGGACUGUUUCUCUGGAGAAGUACCGAGGAAAAGCGUCUUUGGUUGUAAACGUGGCGAGUCACAGCGAGCAGACGGAGGCUAGUUACAGGUCCCUGCAGGAGCUGCACCGGGAGCUCGGCACCUCUCACUUCAACGUCCUGGCCUUCCCCUGCGGCCAGUUUGGGGAAACCGAGAUCAUGGCCAGCCGGGACAUUGAGGGUUUCGCAAAGUCAACCUAUGGUGUCACCUUCCCCUUCUUCAGCAAGAUCAAAAUAAUGGGCUCAGAGGCUGACCCUGCCUUCAAGUUCCUCACAGAUUCUGUGCAGAAAAUCCCAAAGUGGAACUUCUGGAAGUUUCUUGUCAAUCCGGAGGGGAAAGUAGUCCGAUUCUGGCGAACGGAUGAGUCCAUGGACAGCGUCCGCCAAGAGGUCUCGGCGCUGGUGCGAGAAAUCAUCUUAAAGAAACGGGUGGAGCUAUGAUGGAGCUUAUUGAGAGAUACUGGACACACUGUCUGUCUUUCCUGUGCUUUGACAGCCAGGAAUAACAGGACUCUGACUGAACUGUUACCUGCAGUGAGUGGGAUUGGGUGAUGGAUGAAAGCACCCACUCAUUUUAGUCCACAAAGCAAUGAAAGUCAUGUGAGGAUAGUCAGAGUGUGUGUUUACAUUUGUGAGAGUCUGUGUGUGUAACUGUUUAAGGACCAUCCUGUGGUUAAUAAUGACAAUCAUAAUGAACAUUCCUGUUAAUGACCACUGCUGCCACUGAAGGAUUGUUUAACCAUUUAAGUGUUGGAUGCUUAGUUUGGUCUAGUCUCUUCU